AGUUGACUCUCUUACUAUUUGCACUUUUAAACUCACCGCCAUUGUUACACUUUGAACUCACGCAAGCUUUUAUCCACAGAAAUAAAAGUAAUUCACUAAGUAAUUCACCAAGAAGCAUGAUCACGCCUCCCAGAAUUUUAGCUAGAAGAUACCCGUUGACAAAAACCGGCUAUAAAUAUCUGGAUAUCGGAAUCAAUAUUUCUACGCCGAGCCACAUAGAAAUCGCUCUCGGUGACAACCAUGGCAGAGAGAUACAUUUUACAUACAACAUGUGGAAGAUCCUCCUGGAUCAACGACAUGCCAUCCACCAUUUCUUUAACAAUGAUGAAGACAAAGCACAUGCAUCAUCUCAAACCAUCGAACAUGUCACGCUACGGUUUGGAAAGAUAAAUAAUCUAAAAGUGCUGCGUCUGGAAACAUCAACGGUGUGUUUAGCAAUGUCACACAACACCAUAUAUAACAUGAUCGCUCUCGAGUAUUGUGUGGAUCGUAUCGUUCAAUCGUUGAACAACGUCACUAGUAUGGUCGACAUCAAGUUCACACACUUUCGAAAAAUCGCGAGCGGUGCGAAGGAUCCCAUCGCGGUGAUACGUGAGAGCGAAUCGUUCGAUAAGAAUGAUAUAAUCGAUUGUGAGCUGUUAGCUCAGGUCUUUGGAUCGCAAUAAUUCUAGCAUAUCACAUACUUUAUUGUUAAAAUAUUUUCA